UUUCUGAAUCGAAUCCUCCUGCUUGAUGGAUCUGUUUUUAUGUUGAGAGUCGGUUGAGUGGUAAAACGCAGAUUUCGAAGUGUAAGAGGCGCGCCAAGAAAAAGUAUAUAUUUAACAACUAAAACGUACUUUAAUAAGGAAGGAAUAUAUUAGAUUUUUUUCAAAAGUAAGAUUGUAAACCUGUCAUUUUAAUUCAGUGACUUGGGUAUUUGAAAAUGCCAAAACGAGAUGCAACUUCCGAGCUUACAGACCGCAACUGGGAUCAGGAAGAUGAGCCAGAAGAGGCUGGAACUUUUCAGGUAGCUGCAAGUAAAGAAAUCGAAAAACGAGUGAUAAAGAAGGCAAGGAGGAGAGUGAAUGAGGGGGGAGGUAGUGAAUCAGCAUUUAGUGGAUUUAAAGGAUUUGGUGGAUUCGGAGCUAAGUCUACAACAACAGCGACCAGUUCCAUGUUCAAUUUAGGCUCAUCUAAACCAAAUGGUGGUGACAACAAACAAAUAGCCAGUUUCAGUUUUGCACCCAAACCACAAACCAGUGAGGUUCCUAUGUUUAAGGUUUCUGGUAAGAGUACUGCAUCCGAUACAUUAGACCAAGCAAAAGUAUCGUCAAAUGGUAAUAACAGUACUGACUACACAACACAACUACAAAGCCUCAAUACAUCUGUAUUGGCUUGGAUAAAAAAACAUGUAGAUGAAAAUCCAGUGUGUGACCUCUCACCAAUAUUUAAAGAUUACAAAAAACAUCUUGCAGACAUUGAGAAAAACACUACAAAGUCGGAAAAAUCGGAAUUAACGACACUGGAGAGUGUUGAAACUUCACAGAAAACGACAACUGAACCGGCUAAGCCACAAACCGCAUUUACAACAGGUGGUUUCACAUUCCCACAAACGGCAUCGGAAAGCAAGCCAUGCUCGGGAAGUCUUCUGUUUGGGAGUGCUGAAAAAACAAACAGUGGUGCAGGAUUAUUCAAACCAGUGAGUAACGUGAUUGGUCAAUCAGCCACUAGUGGGUUAAAUUUUGGAAAAAUUAAACCCGACUCAUACCCCUUAAGUUUUGGUGGAGCUGUAUCUAAAGAUGAAGACGAAUAUGAGCCUCCAAAGGCAGAAGUGAAAGAAAUUAAAGAAAAAGACUCUCUGUUUACUAUCAGGUGUAAAUUGUUUUAUAAGUCUGAUGAUGGUUACAAGGAUAAAGGAGUUGGCAACUUGCAUUUGAAAAAGAUGGGUGCUGUCGCUCAGCUCAUCAUCAGGGCUGAUACAAAUCUAGGGAAUAUUAUUUUGAACAUUGGACUACCACCCAAUAUUCCCCUUCAGCGACAAGGUAAAAACAAUGUGAUGAUAGUCAUCCCGCCGAACCCACCACUCAGCAAUAAGUGCCCACAAUGUAACAAGAAAUACCUGAAUCCACAAGGAAGCAACGUCUGCGAGAGCGGAUGCAAAGCUCAACCGGUUCCACUUUUAGUCCGUGUCAAGACUGCCGAAGAUGCGGAUAAACUACUUGAAGAAAUUAAAAAGAUCAUGAAAUGAUCUGAAUUAAUUAGAAUUUUGCCGGGUGCACAACCUCUCCAAGCUACCCUUUCGCCAAAAAAUCAAAUAGAAUUUUUCCUAACCACCAAACUUCUCUAUGCAUCCCCUUCCCAGAAGCAGCCCUUUACUGAAGAAGUGUUGUAGAACUAAAAUGAACAUAGAAUACAUUAACUGCUCAGCUCCCUAGCUUGCUGUAAUAUAUAAUUUGAAUGUUUUAAUAUUUAUGUACCAUAAUAAUCAUAUAUUGAAUGUUAAUAAUUCAUUUUUCAAAUGUUUUAGGACUUGAGGGUUGAAUUUCACUGGGGAGGGGAAUGGUGAUGGUUAAUCUCUGCUAUUAAUUUAUGUUUAUAUGGGCUUCCAUUUGUUUCAUUUUAUUCUCUUCAUUCAUUUACUUCUAUGUGUUUUCUUUUAUGGUACAAUUCUGAAUAUCUCUCAUUUUGUUUUCUCAUUCCAUCAUCCAGUAACUUCUUGUGUGUACUGUGUAAAUCCCUCAUUUGUUUUAGUAUUAUUUUAUGAUUCUUGUACAGAUAUUGAACUUCAUCUACAGUAAAACUUUAGAAUGACAUUGGUUCAUAAUGACCGUAUGUUUUUAUUGUUAUUGUAUCAUAGCUUUUAGUUGCAUAAUCUUAGUGUGAAUUUAAACUGAAACAAUAAUUAAUAAAUAUAAAAUUCAUAUGAUUUAAUAUCAUAUAUGAUUUCAGUUCAACUCUGUAAUUUUAAUUAUAAUUUGCUAA